AGCGACUAGUUUAUCCCAGACGGCGAUCUGUUACCAGCAGUAUUACCUGUGAGGGGAAGACAAAGCAUCAGCAGGAACUGUAAAGCCGUCAUCAUGGCUUCCAACAAAAACUGGUCCUCUUAUGAUGAAGGGAACGAAUCCAAGUUCAUGAGGAAGGCAAAGGAGUCUCCCUUCGUGCCGAUAGGUAUGGCUGGGUUUGUAGCAGUGGUCGCCUAUGGCCUGAUGAAGCUCAAAACACGGGGCGACACCAAAAUGUCUGUGCAUCUCAUUCACAUGCGAGUGGGGGCUCAGGGCUUUGUGGUUGGUGCCAUGACACUGGGUGUCAUGUAUUCCAUGUAUAGAGAAUACCUGGCCCCAAAGGACCCUGGGAAGUAACUGACACAGUCUCCAUUUCCAGAACCACUUCCUGGUUGUGGUACCUCCAUUCCUCUCCCUGACCAAACCACUGAUACCUUAGUUGCAAAGGCUUCUCUUUUUUCCAAAACUUGUAACCCUAGCCACCUCAGUAGAUUAUUUUGAGAUUCUGCUGUUUGGGAGAAAUCCAGGAAUCCAUUAAGUGCGCAUGUUUUAAUGUUGGUUUCGUUCCUCACGGAAUACAGAUAGACACAGACAUUGCAAAGGUUGCAUUAACAUGCACAGGCACGGAAACAACUGCUGCUGCUUUCAGUGUUCGGUUGACAGGUUUCUGAUUCUUUCGAAUGAUUCACACAAGAAGCUAAAGACAGCAAACACCAUCACCAUGUGGUUCUAGCCUGUGUGCCACCUCAUAUUGAGGUGAUUUUAUAAGUAAAUACUGUUUUAGUCUGUAAGCAGUGUGAACAUUAAACUGAUAUUUUUGUUAACUUAAUAUCUGAAAGCAAAAUAUGACAAAGUUUGGUCUUUUUAUAUAAAUACAAGUAGUUUUCUAUUUUCUUUUUUGGCAUGAGUAGUCAGUCUUUACAAAAGUUUGGUUUUUGGCAACCAUUAUUAAAGAGUGGAAAUGUCUCAUUGGUACAGCUUGUUUAACCCUCUCGUGCAUAAUAAGCACAAUCAUGUACAGACAAUAAAGUUAUUCUCAAAACCAUACAACCGUUCAAUGUACUUUUUUCUAUCCUGGCUUUCUUGAGACUCUUGUGCAUUACAUUACAUUAGUGUCAUUUAGCAGACGC